AUGAACCAUUUCUUUACUAUCGCGCUUUUCGUUAUUGCUUCUUUGGUUAUUUUUGUCGCUGCUGGUGAUGUUAUGGUCAAUACACCAACUGGAAACCUUUUCACGAAAGCUAUUGCUAAAAUUACUUGGACAAUUUCUGGACCUGCGCCCGCGAUAGCGGCCAUUUUAAGUGUACGUAAUAAACAAACAAAUGAAGAUCUCGUGAUAGACAACCAACUAGAUCUUAACGCAUUAAGUAAACAAUGGGAAGUGAACGUUCCUCCAGGAGAGUAUUUUCUUGUUAUCAAUGAUGGUAGUGGUGAAAAAUUUUCUGGUACAUUUAAAGUGACUGCUGGAGUUCCAUUGCCUGGCGCCCCUUCAAGUCCGAAUGACGGGACACCUGCAGGAACAUCAGAACCUGCACCCGCAUCACCCCCUGCGAAUAAACAACCUUCUCCAAGUGGUGGUAAUCCUAGUACUAGUACCAAUACUUCUUCACAACCUGCGAAGCCUAUAGGUUCAACUAACACUACUAAAAAAGCAAAUUCGGCCUCUACGACUUCUACAAGUUGCUUCGGUUUAGUUGGCGUUGGUUUAAUUUGUCUAAAUAUUUUCCUUAAUCUGUGA